UGACUUAUUGUGUAUCAUUUUCCAACUAUUUAUAGAUAAGCUUUGGUUAUCAUGACAAUAAUUUUAAGACUCUCACGCAAGUAUAAUGCGUUUCCUGUUAACUUUAUUGCUCCUUACCGGUGCAAUUCUCCACACAACCCUUAGUGAAAAGUGCGACCUAACGGUUGAUCUAUCAAACGGGGUACGCGAGGGUACAAAUAUCGUUUUGAACGGCGUGACAUACACCGCAAACGACCAUUUCACAAACUCCACAGGGACGUAUGGGUGUGUAUGCAACGUGCAGAGUUGCACCCAAGACUGUUGCGAUGUAGGUCAGACGUUGCAGGUUUCGGCCCUUGGGGUCCUUCAGUGCGUUAGUGCCGAACGAAGUACCGCGGCGAGUGUGCGCAGUGCACAGUUACACAAUAUUAUAAGGGUACCUAAUCGCACCCUGGUCUGUUAUGCCCAUCAGGAGAGGGUCGUUUUAAACGGAACGGAAAAUGGAUUGGUGCAGGAGGAGAAUGGGUUUAUCAAAGUCGAUCUCGAGGAUUACGACUAUAAGAGUUUUUGUGUUUUUACUAGAGGGAAUGAUGUUUUCUUGGAGAUUUGUAUGGAGGUCGCGGAUCGUAUUAGUAUUGUGCAUAGCAUUGCAAUGGGAAUAUCCAUGCCGUUCCUGGUCGUCACGUUCAUAGUAUACGCCCUGCUGCCGGAUAAGAACUUGUAUCAGUACGCAUUGAUGAUUUACGUUCUCAUUUUAUUCGCUGCCUAUCUGCAACUGGUUAUCACGAAUCUAAAUGAAUUUGAAUCUGGUACUGUUGGAUGCACGUUCUUGGGUUACUCGACGUAUUUCGCCUUCAUAAGCUCCUUCUUUUGGUUGAACAUUAUUUGCUUGGAUAUUUGGUUUACCUUCAGUCGAGGAUCACACCAUAGGGGAACAACCUCCCAAUUAAAAAAACUGGGACUAUACAGCAUUUACGGUUUGGGUGCCCCCGUACUAUUAGUCGUCUUGGUCUACCUGCUACAGUUUCACUUUCUCGAUACAAGUUCCAAGCAUAACCCGAGCAUUGGAACCGAAAAAUGCUUCUUUAGGCAGGACUGGGGAAACCUUUGGUACUUAUAUUUGGAAGCGACCAUCUUGUUUGUAGCCAAUCUGGUACUGUUCAGCUGGACCGCUUUGAGCAUAAGAAAAGUGAAAAAGGAAACUUCCACCGUUAUCAAGAGGAAACACUCAGAACCUGAUGAACAAUUAUACCAUGUCUUCAUGAGACUGGCACUGGCCAUGGGGAUCAACUGGAGUACGGAAAUUAUUUCGUUUUUUGGCAAUUGGUUCAGCAAAUACCAGUAUGAAAAUAUCUGGAUCGUCACCGAUUGCCUUAACGGCCUAUACGGGGUGUUUCUGUUCUUUAUUUUCGUUUUUAAGAUGAAAACGUGGACGCUGUUGAAGAAAAGGUACUACAGGAUCACAGGAAAACAACCUACUUUGGGUUCCACUGUGAGCUCACGUCCAACCAAUAACUCCACUACGGAUAGUUCAUUGAUAAACACCGAGAGGUCGAGAGCCUCGAGGGCCAAUAAUUCACGACCGGAAGAGACACCACUGAGAGGUCAUGUCUGAACAUGAAAAUGAUAAAAUUUGUAUUUAUUUUAGUUAUAGGCAGAAAUAAAAACAGUUGGAAAUUUA